AUGACCUCCUUCCGCACCCUGAGCCUCUCCAUGGUCUGCGGCUGGUCGGUGGACGGGCCCAGGCUGUGGGUCGCAGUGGGGGCGGCCUAUGUCCAGGUGGGGGCCUUCCUCCACUUCCUCGUCAGCGAGUGGCGGCUCUUCGUGGCCCUGCGCGCCAAGCACUUCGAGCGCGCGGCCACGGGGCGGGCCCUGCGCGGCCGCGGCGCCGCGCAGGCGGCGCGCUCGCUGCUGGUGGAGUCCGUGCCUCGGGACGCCUGCGCGGACAACGGCGCCGGCGUCCGGGACUUCUUCGAGCGCCUGCUCCCGAGCCACUCCGUGCACUCGUGCUCGGAGGAUGCGAGCACGGGGUGGCUCCGCCUGCACCCAGCGGCGCUGCUCGGGGAGGGGCUGGGGACGCUCGGGAGGCUCCGCGCGGCCCCGCCGGAGGAGGCCGCGAAGGCAGAAGGGAAGGAGGCGGAGGAGGCGGUCGUGCUGUCCGUGGAGGCGGCGCAGCCGCCCAGCGAGGCUGCGAAGCCCAGGGAGACCAAGGUGAGGCGGCGAAGCCCAAGGAGGCGGUCCGAGGAGGGUGCGAAGCCCAAGGUCGAGGAGGCGGCGCAGCCGCUCGGUGAGGCGGAACAGCCCAAGGAGGCGGGGUCCCGUGCUGAUGGCAGGGCGCCAAAGAGGUGGGGCGCUGGGCCCAGCGGCGCCGGUCCCGAGAGCGGCGGUCGCGAGAGCGGCGCGCAGGACGGCGGGACGGGGGACUCCAGCGGUGCCAAGAUUGGGGCGGCUGCGAGCUGCGUGGCCUACGGUGCAGCCAGUUGGGACGACUUCCUGAGAGACUUUGCGUGGGCCGCUGCAUGCGUUGCAGGCACCACCUGA